UGUUGCCAAUCGUCCCUCUUUUUCACAGUUAUUCAAAUUUAAACUGAAAGGUGGAAGCGUCAAGAAAUUCAGACAAAUUUGUACAAUUUAUUACAUUUUGAGAUGUCAAAUACCUCUAAACAAAGCAAGCCUCCUGCCGGCGAGUCAGAUGAUUGCGUCAUGGUCAACCAACCUACCAUGGACGCGCAUAAGCUAUGGAUCCACUGCAACCGCUGCUACGAACUGUAUGCGCGCAAGAAAUUUAAGCUCUUCCUUCUCGCCUGCCACCAUGUGUCCUGCGAGAAGUGCGUGAAGGUGUGUGUGGGUCGUACUCCGAGCGAUGCACUCAUCUACCAGUGCCCCAUCUGCCGCAAGGAGGUGCGCGGUCGCGAGGUGGGCAACAACAUGCCCAGCGGCAUCAAGAUGCUCUUCCAUCCGGAGCCCUGGUCGCUCCACAACGACUUCAUCGAGACCUUCCAGGAGAGCAACAGUCGUCACAUUGCCAAAUUCAAGGAACGUCAAGAGAAGCUGGUCGCCAAACUGGCCAAGGAUAUCGAAAUGACCAAGGCCAUCUGCCAGAAGCGUUACAUCGAGAUGAAGCACCUGACUGUGGAGCGGCGCAAGGCUUUCCUUCGUCAGCGUCAAAUAAAAGUGGCACUAGCCAACAGGAAGAAUGAACAGUCACUAAUGGCCAUGAAGAAGAAGGAGGAACUUAGGAAGAAGCAGCUUCUGGCUGCUUCCUGCUCCUAUAAAUCUGGAUCCCAGAAAUCAAAGUCAUCGCAACGCAACCAGCGUUCAAGAUCCGCCUCACCGGGUCUGAGUACCUCGAAGGGAAGUGCCAAACGCAAAGUGACCGGAUUUAUGCACCUCUCCAAUCAUUCCUUCGACCUCUAAGAGUCUAAUCUCUCCGAGCUUAUGUCCACUUAAUAAUCCAUUUCAAGAAUUUAUUAAGGUUUCUUGUUAACAACUCUUAAACACUUUAAAAUUACCUUUAAUAACACAUUGUUUAUAUAUUUUCAAGUUUAACAAUUCUGUUGCUGGCCUCAAUUGUUCUUAACUUGAUUUACUUUUCUUUAAAUUUCCUCAAAACAAGUAACAUAUGAUUAAACACAGAUUUAAUUAAUAUUUAGUUAUGGUUUUGAAACAAAGAAUACAAUGUAAACACCUAUUUUGACUUUCAAAUACUCUUACUUCAAUAAAAAUUUAACUUGUUAC